CAUUUCAAGCCAGCUUCUCUCAUCUCUGUAUCCAGUAACCUACCCCCAUUCCAAGCCUGAGGAAGCACAACUUCUUACUUGUUUCCCUUCCUAAGCAUCUUGGCCACAUCUCAGAAACAAAGAUGAAGAUCGGGAAGGCUCCCGAGCUCCUGAGGAAGGCGGCAGCGAUGUGCAAGAGCAAGACCGCCAGGCUCCUCAUCCUCGCCUCGCUGCAGCGCCGUAGGAUGGCCCCGGCCGCCGUGGUCUCCCGCAAGAUCGACGCACUCAUUAUGGCGGAUUGGGAGAGAGAGGACCGCCGCAAGGCUCUUGCGCUGGGCACGGUCGAGAAGAGCUCGGUCGUCGUCCAGGAGAGUGACUUGGAGGCCAAUUACUCUCGUCGCAUGGCGAUGUUCGGUCAAGACAAUGGUCAUGGUGGCUUCCCAGCUGGUCCGAUGUUGCAUCCCCUCUUCAACGACAACCAUGAGAAAUGUUGUUACACUGACGAUGAUGAUUUGGUACUUGAUUCAUGUGAUCAAGACGAUGGUGUUGAGCCAUCAGUCAUGGAUGUUAUCGAGAGCAACCGAGAAGUUGAGGGGUUGGAUUUCAACAUGGAGGAGGAGAUUGAUCAGGCUGCUGAUAUGUUCAUUAGGAGGUUUCGGCAGAGGUUGAACGAGGGAUUUUAAGGUCAUCUUUGCACAUGCAUGUACCUCUGCCAGGGAGUUGUCUUCUUUUUAGGUGCUCACAAAUUAGAAAAUUUUGUAGGAAUCAAUAUGAGUAGGAGUUGAUGUUUGACAAACAAAGAUCCUUAGUGCCAUUUAUUUUCAAACAUUUUUUUCAACAUUUAUGUCCCUCGGCCUCACCAAACUUUUCCCCUACCACUUAUGCAUCCACCCUGCUCACACCUCAGAAAUCUAACUGUAUAUAUGCAGUACUCCUACGAACGGGGUGCUUCAAUAUUUUUUUUAGAAUAGUAGGAUGACCCCCGGAACGGGGUGCUUCCAUUGUCUCCUUGUUUUCUUUCACUUGAAAUCUCUAAAACAUUUGCAAAAUUUCCCAUAGUUGACGUCAAAGUUAAAAUAUCCGGUUGGCUUCUACCUA